AUGUCCCUCCCAAACCCCCGCAGAAGGUCUCCGGUGACUCGCCCGGGAACCGAUUGCGAACAUGAUCUUUCUCUUAAGACGGCUGCCAUCCUUCGCAAGGGUGCCACCUUCCACUCUCCUACCUCUCCCACUUCUUCCAACGACGACUUUGUUCCUCCUCGGCUAGAGAGAUCCCAAUCAGACUUUGAUGAUGUUGUCGAUGCCAGCCGGCGUCGCAUUGCCCUGACUCUAAACGACAUCGACGAGGCCCUCUCCCAGGCAAAGGACCUCUCCCUGUCCGACAAGAGCCCCCGAAGCCAGACCCUUCGGGACACAAGCUUGCCUGUUCCUCGAGGCUUCCUCGAGAUGCCUGUUGUCGACCCCUCCAUGGAGCGACGCGUUCUGCGCCCUCGCUCCGUUCGACGCUCACGAAACCAUGCCUCUGACAGCGGCAUUGGCAGCUCGGCCGCCUCUACCAACGAAAAGGCCGCUGCCACAGACUCUACCAAGAAGCCCCAGGUGUCCGCCCUGACCAGGUCGGCUGCCUCUAGCACCACCAAGAUGCUUCCCACCCUUAGCCCUCGGGCCAUCAAUCGCAUCCGCGAACACACUCUCCGUCCUCUUUUGGAGAAACCCACGCUCAAGGAUUUUGAGCCCAUUAUUCUGGAUGUGCCUCGACGCAUUCGAUCCAAGGAAAUUAUUUGCCUGCGAGAUCUCGAGAAGACCUUGAUCUUCAUGGCACCGGUAAGUCGACUUCUGACUGAUGAUGGUGUUUGGGGUGAUGCUUAUCGGUUGUUACGUCAAAAGGAGAAGGCCAAGUCCGCCGCCUUGUACCUUGAUUUCUGCCUCACGUCCGUCCGAUGCAUCCAGGCGACUGUCGAAUACUUAACCGACCGCGAACAAAUCCGGCCCGGCGACCGACCUUACACUAACGGAUACUUUAUCGACUUGAAGGAGCAAAUCUACCAGUAUGGCAAGCAGCUCGCUGCCAUCAAGGAAAAGGGCAGCCUCGCCGACGACAUGGAUAUUGACCAAUCUGACGAGGUCCGACUCUACGGCGGCAUCGCUGAGAAUGGCCGCCCUGCUGAGCUUGUCCGCAUCCGAAAAGACGGCACCGCUAUUUCAAUGGCCACUGGCAAGGUAGUUGACAUGGGGGAAUCUCCCGCACCCAUGAAGCGCUCACUGAGCCAGCAGCGCGAGGAUGAGGAGGAGAUUAUGCGAUCCAUGGCCCGCCGGAAGAAGAACGCCAGCCCGGAAGAGCUGGCUCCCAAGAAGUGCCGUGAGCCCGGCUGCACCAAGGAGUUCAAGCGCCCCUGCGACCUCACCAAGCACGAGAAGACUCACUCUCGUCCCUGGAAGUGCCCCUUCGCCACUUGCAAGUACCACGAUUAUGGCUGGCCCACCGAGAAGGAGAUGGACCGCCACAUCAACGACAAGCACUCCGAUGCCCCUGCCAUGUUCGAGUGCCUGUUCAAGCCCUGCCCCUACAAGUCGAAGCGUGAGUCAAACUGCAAGCAACACAUGGAAAAGGCCCACGGCUGGACCUAUGUCCGCACCAAGACCAACGGCAAGAAGGCCCCCAGCCAAAACGGCUCUGUCGCCCAGCACACUCCUCCUCUGGCCAGCGUCUCUACUCCUUCUACCACCCCGACCUACAGCGUCUCCACGCCUCCACAGGAGGGCACUCAGAUCAUGACCAAUGAUUUCCCUCUUUACCCCGCCGAGUCGGACUGGCUUGCCACCUACGGCAUGCAGCCUGAGACCAUCGAUGCCAUGGACCUUGCUCUCGAGAAUCCUUCUCCUUCUUCUGCAGCAUCCUCGUACGAGCAGUACCCACCCUACCAGAACGGCUCCACCUUCAUCAUCAACGAUGAGGACAUUUACGCUGCCCACGUCCAGAUCCCUGCUCAGCUCCCCACCCCCGAGCAAGUCUACAGCAAAAUGAUGCCUCAGCAGAUGCCAAUCUACCACACCCAGCCACAGCCCUGUGCUACCAUCCCUGCCAUGGCACAGCAGCAGGAGUUCUCUCCCAACGCACAGCAGAAUGCAGUUCUCUACACACCAACCUCACUGCGUGAAGUCGAUGAGGGUUUUGAUGAGUCCUUUGCUUCUGACGGCGCUGACUUCCAACUGUUCCCGGCGUCACUAGACAAGACCAAUGCCGCUUUCCAAUCUCUGUUUACAGAGAUGCCAAGUGCCAACCUGGGCUUCUCCCAGGCUACACAGCCAGACAUUUUCCAACAAAUGGACUGCUGGAACCUUGACUACCAAGGAUUCCAAGAAUAA